GGCAGAGCAAAGGAGGAGAGAGGGAGUCGUAUGUGGACGGCUGGAGCGGCUCGGGAGGAAAACUCAGCCGUCAUCUGUGUGUUUCUGGGCUGUUUUGCACCUGAGCGCUGCCUUCUGAAAAUGAUGGAUUUAUACGCGCCCCUGGAGAUCAAGUGAAUUGUGGCCGCAGGACUCGAACACAAUGGAGAACAACACAACCCUCUUUCAGGAUGUUGCUCGGGUUGUAAAUCUGACAGAAAUGCCUCUGAACCCUCUUGAGGAGCAGGUCAUAACAAUAUUUUUGACAAUGCUCAUCUGUGUAGUUGGGAUCGCGGGGAAUAUCAUGGUGGUGCUGGUUGUUCUGCGCACUAAACACAUGGUGACCCCGACUAACUGUUACCUGGUCAGCCUGGCUGCCGCAGACCUCAUUGUGCUCCUGGCUGCCGGGCUGCCCAACAUCUCCGAUGUCGUGGCUUUCUGGAUAUACGGAUACACGGGAUGCUUGUGUAUAACUUACCUUCAGUACCUGGGCAUCAACGUGUCGUCCUGCUCCAUCACGGCCUUCACCAUCGAACGAUACAUUGCUAUCUGUCACUCCAUAAAGGCUCAGUUCAUAUGCACCGUUUCCCGGGCCAAGAGGAUCAUAGCUUGUGUCUGGAUCUUUACCUCACUUUACUGCAUCAUGUGGUUCUUCUUAGUGGACACAGAUGAAACCGUCUACACCAACGGAGUGGUGGUCACUUGUGGCUACCGCGUCUCCCGCAGCCUCUACAUGCCGAUCUACUUCCUUGACUUUACUUUGUUCUAUGUGAUCCCCCUCACGGUGGCCACCGUGCUGUACGGGCUCAUCGCCAGGAUCUUGUUCAUGAGCCCUCUGCCCUCGCACCUGAGCGACCGAGAGGGAGGAGGGUCGGUCCACCAGGGUCACUCCAACAGCACCAACAAGGCCAACAAGGGCGCCGUCUCUGCAAGGAAACAGAUAACAAAGAUGCUAGCUGUGGUGGUCGUCCUCUUCGCCUUGCUCUGGAUGCCUUACCGAACCCUGGUGGUGGUCAACUCCUUCAUCGACCCGCCGUACCACAACACCUGGUUCCUCCUCUUCUGCCGGAUGUGCAUCUACACCAACAGUGCCAUCAACCCCAUCAUCUACAACCUCAUGUCUCAGAAGUUUCGCGUCGCGUUCAAAAAGCUCUGCAAGUGCAACUGGCGACACAAGGAGAAGGCGGCCGAAUACGCCGUGCCGAUGUAUUACAGCGUGAUCAAAGAUUCGUCCCACGAGAGCAACGAGCAGAUCACGGAGCAGGAGGAGGUGAGCGCCAAGACCAGCAAGAAGCUCAACGAAACCGACGACGACGCGAGCACUUUCAGUAUUUCUUAAUAAAGGCUUUGAUGAGUUUGUUCAUUAGGACAGACUGUGUGUGUGUUUGAUAAAUCAUUUGUGAAAAUCAGUUAUAUCCACCUGUUAAAAAAACAUAUUUACUCAUGCUGAUAUCUGUAUAAUUUGUUUUGUUUUGUUUUCUGCGGUGACAGGUUGCAUUUUUUGUUUGUUUGUUUUGGGGUUUUUUUGUCGUGUGGUGGUCGUGAUACUUAAGCAUCGGUGUUGUAAAUGUGUUGUAAAUACAGGAUGUGAGACCAGGCUUUAGUGAACUUCACUCUGCUUAGUGGGCUUUAAUGGCAUCAUAAUGUGAGUGGCUCUUCAAAAUGUUUUUAUAAGUAUUGUGCUCACCAUUUAAGUGCACAUAAAAA